AUGGAGGAACGCUUGCGUAUCAACGACCUGACACACGCCAAGAAUCUUCGCUACAUAGCCGCACGGUCCAAUGGAUUGUUCGGAAACAUCUUCGUAGACUUUGGACAGAACUUUGAAGUGGUGGACACGACCGGAGAAGCGGCCAAAAGCUGUAUCCUUAGUCACAUCAGUCAGGAGGAGAACGGUACGGUAACAUGCUCAGACGAGGUGCGACAUGGACUGGAUACGGGCGACUAUGUAACAUUUACAGAGGUCAAGGGAAUGACGGAAGUGAAUGACAUGGAGCCUGUAAAGAUCACAGUGUUAGGCCCAUACUCAUUCACUAUUGGGGACACACGCUACUUCUCCGCAUACGAGAGUGGAGGUAUCGCUCUGGAGAAGAAACAGGGGUCGUCUGUAUCGUUUAAGUCAUUGCGAGAGGCUAUGGCCGAUCCAGAAUUUGUCAUCACAGAUUGGGGCAAGAUGGAACGCCCCGCUCUUCUUCACGCCGGUUUCCAGGCUCUAGAGAAGUUCAAGACUGAGCACGGCAGGCUCCCCCGCCCACGCAACGAGGCCGACGCCACCGAGUUUGUGGACUUUGCGUUGGCUGUGCAUAGCAACGCAGACGAUGUGACUGCCGAUGACAAAGAGCUGCUGAAGCUCAUGUCCUACCAAGCAACAGGCGAUAUCGCACCGAUGAAUGCCGUGAUUGGAGGCUUGGCUGCACAGGAGAAUCUCAAGGUAUUCCUCGUUGGUGCGGGUGCUAUUGGUUGCGAAAUGCUGAAGAACUGGGCAUUAAUGGGCGUAGCUGCGGGCAAAGAGGGCUCUAUCACAGUCACAGAUAUGGACACUAUUGAGAAGAGUAACCUCAACAGACAGUUCUUGUUCCGUCAGCACGAUGUGUCCAAGUUCAAAUCAAACACAGCGGCCGCAGCUGUCCAACGUAUGAACCCGGAUAUCAAUAUCAUCCCAUCCCAAGAUCGUGUGGGGACCGAGACGGAGCACGUAUUCACCGACCGCUUCUUCGAGAACCUCGAUCUGGUCACGAACGCACUCGACAACGUCGACGCUCGGCGAUACGUGGAUCUACGGUGCGUGUACUACCGCAAACCGUUGCUGGAGAGUGGGACAUUAGGUACCAAGGGCAACACACAGGUGAUCCUGCCCUUCCUUACGGAGUCAUACAGCUCGUCCCAGGACCCUCCCGAGAAGUCCAUACCCAUCUGCACUCUCAAGAACUUCCCUAAUGCGAUUGAACACACCAUUCAGUGGGCGCGCGACUCGUUCGAAGACCUGUUUGCGCAACAAUUGGAGAAUGUAAAUCAAUACCUCAGCAAACCCGAUUUCUGCCAGCAACUGGAGAAGCAGUCCGUUUCACAACAGAAAGAGGUGAUUGAGGGACUGAAACUCAAUCUUGGCAGCGACAAGCCUGUGACCUUCGACAACUGCAUUGUGUGGGCACGUAUCAAGUACGAGGAAUACUUCAACAGCUCAAUCCGCCAGCUGCUCUUCAACUUCCCUGCUGACCAG